GAGGAAUCCCGAAACUAGCAUGAAGAAGGAAAAGAAAGCAGAGGAAGAAGACGACGAACUCGUCUGAGGGGAGGGAGCAGUGUGUGUACGUCUGAGGUCGAGAAACGCGGUCGUCGACAUAGGCAGGUCGAGACUCGAAACUUCCUCGUCAAUGCGACCUAAAACCAUAGGUGUUUUCUGCGUGUUUUGAAAGACAUCACAAAAGAAUAAUUGGUUUUAUACGCUUAUACUAUAUCAAGAAAUAAAAGGUAUGGAUUCCAGUGCCUUAUCGACUAGGAAAAGUAAAUUAUAUUCAUGAGUGUGCGGUUACACGAGCGUUCGUUACCUCGGAUGUGACUCGCCGUCGAGUAUUCCAUGAGGGCUGUGUAAAUACGGCUUGAUGUUCGAAAAAAUAAGGUCACCUGUGAUAGUGGAAAAAUGUUAACCCUGUAUAUUUCGUCCACGAUAGAAAAUAUACAAGAGUAUUGUUUGUGGAGAACUGCGUUAAAACCGACAAACAAACCGGGGCAUUACAAUAAGUGAAAUGUGUAAUUACUCUGAACAACACAUGUAACGCCAAGUGAAUAUUUUUAAUCAAAUUCAUUUUCAUUCAUGCAGAUUUGGCAAGAUCACAGUAAAAGAUUUCUUAGAAAUGUGUAAAAUAUAUUUCCAUCAGACAACCGCGUCAUUCUUUUUAGUUUGUUUGUCCGCCAGAAAAGCUGUAAUAGAAGGCAUAGCCCAUUGCAGGGGCCGUGACCUUGGCAGCCAGCUCUAGACUUAUCUUCCCCGACUCCCAAAUAAAAGAUCUACUCGAAUGUCCUUGGGGUCAGCACGACACGGGAGGAAAGGGCACCUCUGCACCCACAAAAGAUUCAUCUGGUUCUCCCACGAACCUUAAUCCAUCUCGUUGCAAAAAUGAACGUGAGUCACCUUCCCUCUUUGGAGGAGGGCAGGGGAAGAGAAAGUCAUUGAUCAUUUUGAGUGCGUUAGAGGUAUGGAUCUUUGCCAUAUGAAUUCCUCAAUGAGAAGUAAUGAUUUAUACGUAUUCUUGGAAACCUUUAUUGGCCAUUCAGAUGCCAUGUUAUAUCUAAUGAAAGGAUAUUUGUAUUAAGAUUAGUUGCUUGCAAAAAUAUACCAGUAUCAACCAUUGCUGAAAAAAUAAAGGAUUUAUCAAAGGAAAAAAGCUCAUUAGUGCACGCUUUCCUCAUGACAGUUGCUCAACUGUGUCAAAAGGUCUCGUCGAAAAUCAGCACAUUGCUUUAAACUUUAUUAUAACAUAACAGUCCAAAAUGCAAGACAGAUCAGAUCAUACUAACAAAAGAAAAGUUGCUAUCAGAACAACAGCCGAGCAAACGCUAGGCCUAUGCAUGACGAACCCAUAACUAACUGAAGGAAGGGCGAAACAUGGCAGGACUCUUCCUCCCACCUCACAGAGAAGGACGCCCAAUACUUCUCCGGGAGAACCCCUUAAAUGAUUAAGAUGUGGAGCAAAAAGCCAGGUGAAACCGCCGUCGAGGGUUACAACAGCCUACGGGACACUCACUUGGCCCACUAUUUUUCCAGGCAAGAUGUACUACGACACCUGGUGCAUAUGGGGCUGGUGACUCGAAAUGGAGAAAUCGUCCCAGAGACGGAGUGGAAGAAACUCUACGCCAAGCAAGAGAGACGGGAGAAAGAGAGAGAGAAGGAGAACCACAGGAGAAGAUUGCUGGAAGCAGAAGAGGCCGCGAAGAGGAGGGUGAAACAAAAGAUUAGGAGAAGAGAAGCCCAGUUGGCACGCCAGCCCUCAGCGUCGGAACCCGACCUCAUCCACUUCGACAUCGAAUGGAGCUUCCGCCCCGUCAGCGUCACCACCGAGGAAGCCCAGACGUCCAGUGGGACCCGGGGGACGUCGAACGGGACGUCAGGAGACACCUCGGGGGCCAACCAAAACAACAAUAUUAACAACAACGAGUCUUCGGGUCCUUCAGAGGUCUUCUCCUCCGACACCAACGAUUCUAAAGGAAGGUCGGACAGGGGUCAGAUCAGGAUCACGGGAUUCCGGGAGUCCACUGAAACGGCGCAGUGGAAGAAGACGAAUCAGUAUCCCACAAAAGCCCGGUUUAUUGGACGUCGUGGGGUGGUUGGGGAACCUUACGUUGCUUCUCUUGGUCCCAAUCCGUCACCGAGAUACAUUCACAUAAUUCGACCAACGAACAGCUGUAGAGAAGUGUGGUCUAGACUAUGUCCGCCUCAGCCGAUGUGCAGUCGCCCUCCCAGAGCCCCAUCCCCACCUCAUCUACGCUUGGUGUACGCCAGGGGCGGCGCUCCCUGCCAUACUCCCACUGACCUGGCUCUUCUGCAGCAACCUGCCGGUGCUCACAAUGUCACUGUGUUCCACGGCGUUGUUCAGGAAGGAGACGAGAUCGAGUUCACCUCCCUCAGGCGGGAAGGCUUCCCGUUUUCUUUGACGAUAUACGAGCACAACGUCACCACCGGGAGGUUGAGCGCUUGCUGCGAGCAUCGCUACGCCCCUGGAAGCCGACUGGGUGGUCCCUCAGGUCACCUCAGGGUCGUGGAGAUCGUCGGAGGAGAACCUUGUCUCAGGUGCCAACUGAGGUCAGUGGAGAAGCGACACCAAACGCGACAGAGAGGAAAUUUGACCAAACCUAAGGACAAAGAUCAAAGUAGUACGCGUCCUUAUACGCCUCCUGAUGAAAAUGAAGAGAGCGAAAGUGGGAGUCAGAGUGGGGAAAGUAACGGUAGCAGCAGCAGCAGCCAAAGAAGCGGGGGGAGUGAUACCAAAUCUAGCCAGAAUAGCCAAGCCUCUCUGAAAGGUAGCAGCAACAGCAUGUCUGGUAGCGAGGAUUUUGACAACACUGACUCAUCAACUGACAUUGAGGAGACUGAAGAUUCUCAGUGCACUGUUAGGAGGAAAAGCAAUAAAAGUAAAAUUUCCUUCUCUUCCGACUCUUGCAAUGGUCUCUCGGAUUAUGAAGUCGCAGCCGCACUGGGAGUUACUUCUGCUACGCCAGAUUCCUCCAAGAAAAGAAGAGGAAGAAGAAAACUUUCGACCGCCAGUAAAAAUGGAGGAAAACACUUAAACAGGGAAGAUCAAAGUAUCAGAGCGGAUUCUUCGAACAACCAUAAACCCCGUCAUAUUUCUAGUAGCCUGGAAGGUCAGCUGGAUGACAGCAUUGAGGGUCGUAGCAAAUACCAUAAAAAAUCAAAAGUAGCUUUUAAGAGUAGGCCUAGUUCCGCCAAAAGUCUAAAGGCUAAACGUGUGAAGUCCAAAAGUAGACAGGGUACUGUUGACAGCUUCUACAGCCAACAGACUUUUACUUCUUCGGCCAGUGAUAACCUGAGUGCUUCUGGCAAUGUCACUGAAGCUUCUUAUGGGAGCUCGUGGGAAGAAGAUGAAGAAAAGGCAAACAAAACAGACACGAAAGGGGAAGAUGAAAGCCAAGCAGACGAUGACGUGGCCGACGAAGCUGAUGCCAAUGAAGAGAGCAAAGAAGAAGAGGGCAUGGACACAGAAGGGGAUGAAAAUGCAGGAACGGCGUCGAGUGAAGUGGAGGAAGAAGUCUGCAGUGAGAAAGGAACACCAAGGGAGACAGAAGAGGAUGAAGUAGAGUCAGAAGUUGCCAGCCAAGAGAGUUCCAAUGCAGAAACAGUCAGAGAGAGUGAGAAAAGCGAAGGAAAUUCCAUCACUGAAGACGUUGGUGAUGAUUCUGACAUUGUUGGUCUGUCGUGCAGCGAGGAGGAAAUUAUCGAAGAAAAAGAAGAUGCAGGUAAAUGAACGCCUUUAGAGAAAACAAAGUAAAUGUCCGUGCUUCUGAACUCUAAAUGUAUUUUUAAAAUUUAGCCGUUCAUCUAUAGAAUGUAUAUAUUUAAUCAUUAAAAAAAUUGCCAAGUAACCUCUCAUGUUCAGGGCUAUAAGAUUUGUUGUUGCCCAGUGUAGCAACAACAAUUAAUUUGUUCAGAAAUCACCUUCCAUCGGUUACUGACUGCUAUUUAAGAUUUCUAAAUCAAGUAUUCUGACUGGAAAUAUAAAAUAGAAAAAUUGAAUUAAGGAAAGGUUCUUGUGCUUAACUAUAGCAAUAAAAAAACGAUGUAGACAAUGCUCGGAAAUAAAGUACUUUAUAGACUUUGUUUUUUAACUCUCUUUCUUCUUUUUUUCUUUUACUAAGGUAUGCCGUAAUCUUUUCAUUGUAUUUUAUAAGACUGUUGAAGGUAAUUAUAUGCUCAAAUUCAGUGAGAAUUCUCCACAAAAAAGCAACAUAAUAUGUUUAGGUAAAAAUUGGGCCAUGGGCCUACUUCAUUUCUGCUAUUACGAUUAGUGCAUUAAUUUUGUUUAAGGAUCACAUUAAGGUACCCUUAAUGGAUGGAUACCCUCACCUGAGUAGUAAUAACAACUUUUGGGUUGUGGACGGAUUCACUCAUGGUGAGUAACAAUAUUGUGCGCUGUCUAUUUGGGGGAAUCGGGCGGGAAAGAGGUGCCAUUACUUAUAUAGCCCAUAAAUUCACCAAUGGUAACUUUUACACUGUCUAAGAUGAGAGACUGGGCGGCUCAGGAAUUUACUGUCUAAGAUGAGAUACUGAGCGGCUCAGGAGUUUACUGUAUAAGAUGAGAGACUGGGC